CCUCCUCCUCUUCUUGACACCGGAGCGAACCGCGGUAAGGACUGAGAAGUGGCCAAGCUAGAGGUGGGGGAGAGAAAUAGGAGGGGAAAGAAGGAAAAAAACCAACAACAACAAAACCAAACCCACCAAGACAGCAGCCACCAUUUCGCACAACAGGCUGAACCCGAACAAGCAGCCCAACCAAGUGCCCUACAGAGAGAAAGAGACAGAGAUACACACACGAGUUAGACAGGAAAAAAUACCUUGGAACUCCACCAUAGCCACAAGACAUUUAAUCACUCCCUCCCCCCAUACUUGAUGCCUCGUUAUAGCCGCCUCUUCUGCGUCCAGAUCCUGUCAUCUCAACUCCCUCCUGUCCCAGCAGUGGUUCUUUACAGCCCCUCUGUGCCCAAGGCACGGGGAAGGGUAGGCUAUGGCACGGUGGCUAGCGGCUUCUCUGGUCACCCGUUUGUGGCGGCUCCAUCAAGGCAGGGUAAAGAGCUGCCAGCCCAGCUUUUAUGUGGUGCCCCGAGUUUGCGCACUGAAGGAGGCUCGCUCAGCCCCUGGUGGGCGUCGAAUGAAACCCCAGCAGCUGCCUCCCCUCCCUCACCCAGCCAUCGCUAGAGGGGCUGAAGCCAGGGAGGGAAUGCAGUGCGCUGUGUGGGCGGCACACACAGGGAGGGGAUGUGAGGGAAGGGCAGGAGCUCAGCAUAAACAGAGGGGCUGCGCCUGUCUUUCACAUACUUACCUCUUGCUCUGCCUGUGGCUAGUCCAGAUCAGAGCUGCCCCAGACCUGCCCCCACAGGUAUCAUUCACUAAAGGGGAGCCUCACAGGCAAAGCUGGCCCUAGUGCCCCAGUCUCGUUCCUUGGAGGAGAUUCCCCUAGGCAGGCCUGCGCUAAACCUCAGUCACUUGUGGAGACACUUCCUCAGCCAGACCUGCCUCAGGUCUCCACUAAGUGGGGGGGAAGAGGGGAAGAUCCCCUCAGCUAGCAACCCUCCAUCGUUCACCAAAUGGGCUUCAGUCUCAUCCCCGUCUCACUCUGCGUGGGGGAGACUGCCUUGGUCUCGCAGCCUCCCCCCCCCCCAAAGCGCGUGUGGGCCGGCAGGGCUGGGCCAGUCUCACAAGAGGUCGGAGGUAGGCUGGCGCAGGGGCUCACUCGCGGGCAGGCUGAAGACAGGUUUCCAUGUCUGCGUCCCUGCGGAAGACAGGGUCUCGCUAUGCACUUGAGAUCACCCGCAGCAUCAUUUUGGGCCCGAACUCCUGCCCCGUGGACUCCGCUGCACGAUCACCCCAAGUCUCCACUCAGACGCAGUUCCCUCGCCCUUGCGGUUCCCUAGCCUGCCCCUUUCUGGCAUUUUUUGAUCGCAGGGCGCACUCCCUGGCCCUCGGCCCUCGAACAAUUUAAUAUCGUGAGGAAACCCCCUUUGUGAAAUGGACAUGGCACGAGGGAGGACUUAACGGACAAAUACAGGCUCAGGCUGGCCCUCGCCCCCAGCUUAUCUCCUCAGUCUCGGCACUGCUUGGGUGAUGGUUGUCAGGGCCUUCUCGUUCCUUUCCCCUGAGCUCGACUCAGUCUCCGAGCCCUCAGAUUCCCCAGCGCUGGGAUCAUGGCGCCCGUUUUCUCCCUUUGUACCAGCCUCCCCCGACAGCUCCUCAGACUUGCCCAGCUGCAAGAUUGAGGAAUCAUAGAAAAAACUUUUUCAUUAGGAGGGUGGUGAAGCACUGGAAUGGGUUACCUAGGGAGGCGGUGGAAUCUCCUUCCUUGGAGGUUUUCAAGGUCAGGCUUGACAAAGCCCUGGCUGGGAUGAUUUAGCUGGGGAUUGGUCCUGCUUGGAGCAGGGGGCUGGACGUGAUGACCUCCUCAGGUCCCUUCCAACCCUGAUAGUCUGUGUCAGCAGCAGCCACUCCGGGCACGCCUGGGCAGCCCACCCAGCCUGGCCAUUGGCUUCAAUGCAGUCCGCUCCCUCCUCCUCCUCUUCUUGACACCCCGCGGUGAGGACUGAGAAGUGGCCAAGCUAGAGGCGGGGGAGAGAAAUAGGGAGGGGAAAGAAGGAAAAAAAACCAACAACAACAAAACCAAACCCAGCAAGACAGCAGCCGCCAUUUCGCACAACAGGCUGAACCCGAGCAAGCAGCCCAACCAAGCGCCCUGCAGAGAGAAAGAGACAGAGAUAGACACACGAGGUAGACAGGAAAAAAUACCCUGGAACUCCACCAUAGCCACAAGAGGUGUAAUCACUCCCUUCCCCCCACCCUCGAUGCCUCGUUAUAGCCGCCUCCUCUGCGUCCAGAUCCUGCCAUCUCAACUCCGGCCACCCGUUAACGGACGCAGACGGCGCUUCAGCCCACAAGCAAAAUGGCGGCUGUUUGGCUUCGCCUUGGUCACCUUGCCCCUGCCGGGCGGGGCGGGUGCACCCCGUGUCGGGGGAGGGAGGGGAGCGCGGAGGCCGCCAUUUUCCCAGAGAGAGGCAGUGACGUGGAGGGAGGCGGGAGCGGCGGCGGCGCGGGGAUUUGUACCCAGGUCGCGAGGCAAAGGCGCUUCCCUGCAGGGUUCUGGGUACCGAGCCGGCCGGGGGGACCCCUCUGCUCAGUCCUCUUUGCCAGAGCCAGCUGAGGGCUGCGUCCUGCCCAGGCUAGGGACGUCCGCAGUGGGGCCGUUGCUUUGUUUUGGUUGGGAUAGGAAAGGGGCUCAGCUAAGGGGGAGCUGCUGCCUGGCCUGUGAUCGUUACAGAUAAAGCAGCUAUGUCUGUUCAAGUCAUUGAUGGCUCUCUUGAAACUCUACUACCAAGCCAUCUGCAGAAAGUGGAUUUAAAAUACCUGCAAAUGGGUUGUGAUCAGGCCAACAAAUACUUUCAGGGAACAGUUAUUAUCUCCUACCCUUUAACUAAACUUGGAAAUGGAACAGAAUUUUUCAAGAUUGUACUUCAAGAGUCAGAGAAUUCAUGUUCAAAGACCAGCACCAUCAAUGUUUUAUUCUUUGGAAGGUUGGCAGACGAUUGUGGAAAAGUUGUACAUCAAGGGGACACCAUGAUUGUAGCUGGAUUUAACUUGGCUAAGUCACCUUCUGCAAAUGAAGAUGACCGACACUGCUGUCAUCUGGAAGUAUCUGAAGAUGCAGGAUCAACCAUUUACAUUUAUACUAAGCCAAGUACAGUCACUGCUUCAGAAACAGCAUCCAUGCCUGUUGCACCAAAAUACACAUAUACCCCUCUGAGUCAUCUUAAAGGCGGAACUAUAGUCAACUUGUAUGGUGCUGUGAAAUUCUUCAAGCCCCCAUAUAUAAGCAAAGGAACGGAUUAUUGUUCCGUUGUAACAAUUGUGGACCAAUCAAAUGUGAAAUUAACAUGCACGCUUUUUAAUGGAAAUCUAGAUGCCCUUCCAAAAAUCUACAAAAUUGGAGAUAUCGUUCGAUUUCAUAGAAUAAAGAUCAGGGAAUACAAUGAACAGAUGCAGGGGAUUACUGGUAUUGGCUUUGCAUCCUUGACAUUUGAUGGUACCGUAGGAGCACCGAUAGUGCCUCGAACCUCUAGUAAAUCAUACUCUUUCACAGAAGAAGAACAGAAAACAAUAGAAGAACUACGUAUGUGGGCAGCUAGUAAUCUUUCAGUCUGUGGGCCAACAGCAAAAUUGUCUGGUGUCCAGCCAAUGCUGUUUUUUGACCUUACUUGCCAACUUGUAGGGAAAGCAGAAGUGGAUGGAUCUUCCUUUCUUCUCAAGGUAUGGGAUGGUACAAAAUGUCCCUACCCAUCUUGGAAGGUGCUUGUGGAAGAAAGUGACCUUGAAGGAGAUAAAGUUCUCAUCCAUCAGCUGAGAAAUCUGAUUGUAGACAUUCUAGUUUACGAUAACCAUGUUAAACUGGCAAAAUCACUGAAGGUUGGAAGCUUUCUGAGAAUUUACAGUCUGCAUACAAAACAAGCCAGUGCUGAGAACCAGCCUGAUGUUUCCUAUGUAGAAUUUCAUCUUCAUGGUGGCACCUGUUAUGGUCGAGGAAUUAGGGUUCUGCCAGAAAAUAAUCCAGAUGUCAAAGAACUAAAAGCAUUCAUGGAUUCUGUGAAUCUCACAGAGAGUCAAAACAUGGAGAGCAUGUCUUCACUGGAAUUGGAUGGCAUUUUUGGCAGUCUAUCAUACCAGUCAUAUUCAGAGAGAUGCCAGCAGUUGUCUGUUACAGUAUUAACAGAUCAUCAGCAUUUAGAUGACACAGCACUGAAUACUAUUUUGAACAGCACUGCUCCUCAACAGUAUCGCAUUAGAGCAAAACUGAGAACUUUUAAACCCCAGAAGCUCUAUCAGUCUGUUAAACUUUAUUGUUCAAAAUGCAACUCACUGCAAGAAGUUCCAGAUGGAGAUGAUUUUGACUUAAUAUUAAGAGACUGUGCAGCUACAGCUACAAAUCCAAAAGUACAUAAUUCAUUGUGGUAUGAUUCUGCAGUGUGGGAUACAGAAAAUCAGGGGCAAAGAAAAAUAGCUGUUCAUUUUGUAAAACAUGAUGAGCUGCUUCAAGAGCCAGAAGAUACUUUAAUUAUGGUACAAGGAGGGAUGCUAAAAGAAAUCAAAAAACUUUCAAGAAGAUUUAAAUGUAUUAUACCUGUGAGAUCCACAAAAGAAGAUCUUGAGUUACUAGACCUUUCAGCUCCCUUCCUUUUGCAAGGGAAAAUAUGGCAUUAUGGGUGCAAAGAGUGUUCAAAUCAGAAGACUAUCCAGAGUCUCAGUUCCCUUGCAGAAGAAGAACCAUCAUGGGAGCCCACUGAAAUAGCCCGAGUUUUAGGUAUUGAGCCACUCCAGUAUGUCUUUGUUAUGAAGUUUACACUUGAUGAUGGCACAGGAACACUGGAUGCAUACCUCUUUGAUUAUGAAAAGUUUUUCCAGAUUCCUGCCUCCGAAGUCCUUACCAGUAGUCUUCUUCAGGAGAAGAUGGAAAUGAUCAUGAAUAUACUUUGUCCUCCAGGAACAAAACUAGAUGACUUGCCAUGGUUGGAAUGCUUCAUCAGGUCUUACAAUGUCAAAGAUGGAAUGGAACAGCAAGUUUGCUAUCAAAUUUUUGACACUAUGGUUGCUGAAGAUGUUAUCUAGUGAUAUGUAUUGCAAUUUAAGAACGUGCAAUUUAUUGAUAUUAUUGAUUACAAAAAAGUUUUGAAGCUAUAAACACCAUAAUAGGUUUUGUAUAACGUUUAAUGUAUCAUGUUCUGUGUUGAGAAAAAUUAAUCAGGAAAACAAAUGCCUUUUUCUGCAUCUCACUUGUGCAUGAAGGUUUUAGCUCUUCUGUUCCUGAAUUAAAAUUAAUUGGACAUAUGCUAAGAGGUAUUUAUUACUUUCUCUGGGCCCAACCCAGUGAGUCAAGUGGUAGUUGAGGUGCUCAGUACUUCAUGGGAUUGAUCACUGCAUGGUUGAAACUGUUAAAAGUAAUUUAAUAUCCAACCAUUCCAAGCUAUUACACAAUUGAAAAUUAUCAAUAAUGUUACUAAACUCCGUUAUGACCUACAGCGUCAAAUUUAAAGGAACAUUGUAAAAUGUAAACAUGUUUUGUAAUGUAUGAAGAACAGUCAGCAUGAUUAUGCUUUGUUUAUUUACCUAUUUUAAUACAAAAGAGUGAUUUGAGCACAGCUGUGGAAAUGGGGCUCUUCCAUUAACUUGUAUUUCCUCACUUUAUUCUGUACAAAUCUAUUUUAGGGUUCUAAAAAACCAUGGGGUUUUUCCUUACUUUAAUUUCUCAUUGAUAUGUAGACUGUAGCAAGCUUUUCCUGCAGUCCUUAUGUGUGCAAGUAGUGUUAUUGACCUCAGUGGAGCUAUAUGCAUGAGUUAGAAUUACUCAUCUGGUUAAGAAUCAUAAAGUCAGGCCAUAAAAGCAGGGAUAUUUAAAAUAUGAAAAUGAAUACUAAUAUUUAUUAGAUUAUAAGGAUGGUAAAGUCGGACUUAUUUGGGGCCAUAUCUGGCAUUGCUGCUCCUUAAAAUUGUAUGUGUAUUUGCAGAGGUUCUUGCACAUAGUUUGGCUAAAUUUAGUGUCCGAUUAUACUGUCUCAAUUGCUUUUCUCUUUUAUAUAAUUGGAUUGGAUGGCUAAAUUUAGAGACAGCAUUUUCAGGCCAACGAGUGACUAGUUGGCUACCACAGUGAAAAAAAUGUGUGCGCUUUUACCUUGCAUUCUAAUAUUUGCCCCAAAUUCAGAAUAAUUUUCUAGAGAAUAAUUUUAAUGUAAAAAUUCUUGUUAGGAGAAUAUGCUUCUUGUCAUCAAGGAAAAAAUUAAAUAACACUUGCACAGAGGACUUUUUUAAAUGGCGCAUGGAGAUAUUUAAAAUAGUGCUAACAGUUGACUAGUACUUUGAUACUAAAUACCAAUGAUUUUACAGUGUUCUAAAAAAUGAUUAGUAGAAUAAGCUAUUAUAUCCACUUAGUUUCAUACAAAUAUCAAUAGAUUUUGUGUUACUUUAAAAAUCACUCUGAGCCAUAGAAACAAUGAGCCAUGAACCUAGAAGUUGUAUGCUUUAUCAAUUAUCAUGUGAGUAGAAGGUACAUUAACAUUGGAAGCCGAUAGUUCACUUUCAAGGAGAGGAAAAACUAUCAGCCUGAUUGAAUGGGACCAUCAGCUUGCCAAGCAAGGAAAAAAAACUGGCAAUAGUUCUGGCAGCUGCUUACCUACCCCUGGCCUGAUGAGAGAUACUGCUAAGUGAAUUAUUUUUAAGACUUGAACACCUACUUGGGUGUCCAGAUAAUUUCAGUGGAAUUUAACUCCUGAAGCGCUCAUCCAUAAGAAAUAUAUGAGAGUUUGUUUGCUAGGUAAUGGAUAGUUUAAUCACAAAAACUAUAGCCCAAACCUCUUUUGGAAUAAGAUUUGUAUAGAAGCCUGUAUUUCUGGUUGUGUUACAUGACAUCACAAACCAUAAUAUGCACUGCCAAUCAUUAUUAGAAAGUAUAUGUUAAAUUGUAAAUGUUUUUAUGUAAAUAAAAAGUCAUGUUCCUGUACAUCAUUGCAAGUAUUAAUAAUAUCUAUUUUAAAGUAACCCUUUUGAAAAGUAAUAGAUCAGAAUAUAUAAGGCUCACACUUCAGUGUAUAUUUGUUUUCCCCAUCUCUAAUGUUUGAGAUUGUUGGCGGAAUGUUUUCAAGUCAUUUUAUGAUUGUACAUAUGGCAUUUAAAGUUGUUUGGCUAUUGAAUAUUAUAAUAUUUAGCUGAUUGAUGAACAUGGUUUAAAAUAAUGCACUCUUUUCUCACACUUAAUUUUUGGAUAUCUAUUCACAAACACUCUCUGCUGCCAAUGGCCUUCACCCAGCAAAGCUCGUUCUUAGAUAAGUUUGUUGAAUUGGAACCCAAAUAGUUAAUUGUCUUACCAGAUAUAUUUUAUUUGAGAUUUUCAGUGCUCGUGGAAGAUGUUGAAUUUGUCAGAACCGAAGAUCACGGUUCACAAAACUUGUCUCAAUGUUGACCUGAAGGAUCCUUCAGUAGAGGUGAUUGAGCUGUGUUCAAUCUCCAUGACUGUUUUAUUCCUUAAUGCUUCUGUGGAGACUGCCAACUUGGAAGCCAAUUGGGAUAGUAGUUUCUGUGACGCAGGCAGUUUCCACUCUGAUCUGAAUUGAGAGCACAAACUCGCACCAACUUACUGUAGGCCACACCGGUUACAGUAAUGACUUUCAGUCACUACCGACCUGAACCAGAUACCAUCUUCUGCAUUGAAGCAAGAAAUUCCAUCUCCCAUUUUCAGGCCCUUAGUCACAUUUCUCUAGUUUCCAAAGCAUAUUUUAAAAAUAAAUCAAAACUGCCUUUCUGAAUUGAGUGAAUGAGAUUGCUGAGAUCCAUCGAUGUUAUAGAAGCUAUCCAUAGAAUUAAAGACGUUUUAAAAUGUUACGUUUACAUUUGAUUAAUGUGGGAAAAAUCAGAAUGCUUUGAAAGGUGAAUCUGAUAUCUGUGAUUUCAAAGCUGAUUAAUGAUUAACCUGUUGAAUUGGAGAUAAUUUACCUCCCAAUGACUUCAUAAAUACCUGCUUCGGUUACCUUUGGUAAAUGAAAUAACCAAACAAUCAUUCAUUUUCUGA